CUCCAGGUCCUCCUCCAACAUGUCUCCAUCAGACUUUCUGGACUCCUUAAUGGGUCGCACGUCCGAGUACGAUGCACGAAUUAGACCCAACUUCAAAGGUUUGUUCGCAAUCAAAUGAGUUUCCACACACGUAUACACACACACACACACACACACACACAUUUCACUUUCCACAUUUUGAGAACUAUAAAUAGCCACAGAAAUGCCACUGUAAGUGUAAACACUAAUCUUUUUAACCAGUUAUGUGUUGGAUGUUAUCUGUUGCCAAGGAACUGGGCUUCCAGCAACUCAGAGGCAACACUCAAUCACUUCAAUUAACAGUAAGAGGGAGGACCCUGCUUAGAUUUAAUCACAGUUCACACCGUGCCACUCAAUGAUGGUUUUCUUAUCUGAAAGAUGUCUAAAAUUCAAUAUCCACCUUUAUUAAAUGUGAGAUCAGAAUCAGGAACUGAAAAUAUCCCAUCAGCACAGAAAUAAGACACGUUCUCACUUCAGACAGGAGUGCCACCGUGACAGACUAGACGAUUGAUGGUGCCCCAGUGGCUAGACUGCAGGCUAUGCAGACCUCCUCUGCUGUUGUUGCUUUGAUGCUGAGGACACACACAGCUUCUGUCAUUGGAAAGGUUUUGAGUGAGCAAAGUUUUCACUUAUUGGGUCUGAGGCCCACUCUUAGCUUCUGAGGUCACCUGGGAUGUUGCUUGUUACAGUCCAUGGACUCCAGUAGGUAAAGCAGCUUGAAAAUACAGGAAGGGGAAAAGCACAACAAUCCAUCGUUUAUACCUCCAUUCUCUUGCAAGGUCACAGGGGACUGGUGUUUAUCCCCAGCAGUCAUUGGGCAAGAGGUGGUGUACCAUCUAGACCGGUCACCAGUCCAUCACAGGGUCACAACAAUAUAGCAUCUCCCAGUUUUUACGUCACACACAAACAUAUAGUAGCACAUUAUUGAGGUGGAACAAAAAUCAUGUAAGCCUUACAGUGUGGUCCCCUUUUUUUUUUUUUUUUUUUAAAGAAUUUUCUUUUAAUCAAUACCACUUAAUACAAUUCACUUCAACCAAGUGUCUAUAGUAAAUAGAGUCCAUCUGCAUACAAUUUAAUCUCAGCAUGGAUGCAAUUUCUUUUGUUAAGACCUCAGAAGUUACGCAGAGAAUAUUUGUGAGCAACCAGCAUCAUGAAGAGCCAUCUGACUGCUCAGGGACUAAGAUGUAAAGAUGCUUACAGCUGCAAGCUUUAAAAGUCACAAUGGAAUAGUUUAAAUAAAAGCUUUUUAAUAUGGCUAAUAACAUAAUAUCUAAGGCUAAGGCAUAAUAGCUCUGAAUAUGGUGGAAACGUUCAGUAUUUAGAUGCACUGAUCUGUUGGUGGCUUAACAGAACAUAUCAAAAUAUAUAGUUGUAAACGCAGUGAAAGUUGGUCUUGCCUAAUAAUAACCCCGGUUAGCUAAGCAGUUACUAAAUGAUAUAACACUUUUCAGAUUUUCACUUGUCUUCUUGACUAUUAUCCACUAUGUUGUGUUUGUGUGUGACAUAAACUCUGAAUAAAAAGCAUCAGUUCUUAACUGAAAAAAGAAUGUAUGAAUAUUUAAUUCCUGUAUGCCAUAUACUCUUUGUCUGUCAGCGAAAUCUAGAUUUCUAGAGAUGUCUAGAUUUCUGUGACACAUCUUAUAUUUUUAGGCAGUAUUGAUAUAUAAAACAUUGAUUUUGCUGAUUUAACCUGGUAGUUACAAUGCUAGAAGAUGAAUGGAAGUGAGAGCAGAGAUCUCUCUCCGUAUUAAACAGAUAGAGCUUCACAUUUUACAGUCAGAAAACAAACAAAUCCACAUUAAGCGGCUGUGCUGUAAACAGUUAGUUUUUGCUCAUGAACCUGCUAGAUGUACUUUGAAGAGUGUCGAACCGCGAUUCUAAAAAGGCUGACCUAGAUUUCCAUGCCUAGUUUGUUAUGAGGAGCUGCUGCCAGUUACCUCUUUUCGCUGUAAAAAUGUGGAAACUUCACAACAAACACAGGCAAAUAUUAAUACAGAGAGCCAUGAAAUAUUGAUGUGGCAAACACAGGGGAAAGGCAGUAGGAAGAGCUUACAACUUCACUUAUCAGCUUGGGGAGAAAGAUAUGCUGUGACUCGUAAUGCAAGUCUUGCAAAGAUACUUUAGUUUAGGGAGCUGUAAAGAGAAACUACAUUCCCUAUUGGAGUUCAUAAGAUAGAUUUUCUUAUUCUGUAGAAAAUAAAAUGUCUACUUGAUGGUUUAGAAUUGAAGCAAGACCUUUCACUAUCAAAUAUAUUUGCUUUAUUAGUUUAUUGCAAAUGAGCCUUUUAAUGUUAUUUGGAGACUCUUGAUGUUCUGAUUAUAACCAACUUAUACAGCACAUAUGAGUACCUGUAUAUUCACUACUCUUGCAAUUUCUUUUUUAUUCUAUAACCACAAACUAAAUAUUAUUUAUCUGGAUGUAACGUGACUGCAUGGCGGAAAGAAAACAAGUUCAUACUUCAAAAUUUGUUACAGAAAUCUUAAAAAAAAUAAAAUCUAAAUCUGGUGUGCAUUCUUAUAAAGCCCCCUUUCCUCUGAAAGUAUAGCAUUCUCUAUGUUCAAUUCCCUUCAGAAGUCACUUAAUCAACAUUUUCAACUCCACGAGUUGGACAAGUCCAACAAGUGAAGCAUUAUUCAGAGAGGCAGCCAUGUGAUCCACUGUAAUUGUGGAGGAGCUGCAGAGAUCCACAGCUCAGGUGGGAAAUUCUGUCAACAAGGCAGUUGCUAAUCAUGUAACAGUUUCCUUUUACUUCACAGCAAUGUAUUGGUCCAUUACAUAAAAUCCCAACAAAAUACUUUGAUGUUUGUGGUUAUAAUGUGACAAAAUGUGAUAAGGGUGUGAAUACUUCUGCAAGCCUCUGUAUUACAAGAACAGCUUCUUUUUCAUGUCCAUGAAAAUGUUGCUGAUCAGAUAAUUCACUCCUCAGCUGACACACCACUUUGUGUGUUUGCAUGUCUUUGACUCUGUGUGCAUGAAUCCUCUAUUCAAUGUGUUACAGAGAAAUUACCUCUACAGGAUUACCUCCAUUAGACAUCAUUUCAAACAUCAUUAAGCCAAUGCUAAUAACCAGCCAUAAUGUUAAGUUUCAUUUUAAUUGCUCUUGUCAAACAUUGAGCCCAAAAAGCAGAUGUAGCUUCACAUACAACUUGCCGCCAUCCAGAUAACAUCCAGAAGACUGCUUGUUGUAUUGAUGCAUGUUUGAAUACACAGCAAAGCAGCAGACCCGAAAUUCACUCUCACCUCAAAGGCCCUGCUUAAACAUGUGUUUAAAGGCUUUGUUUCCCCCUGUCAUGUCAUUGUCAUUCCAUUUCACAGGUCCUCCUGUAAACGUUACAUGCAAUAUUUUUAUCAACAGCUUCGGCUCUGUCACAGAGACAACGAUGGUGAGUUCUUCUGGAUUUUAUACUGAUAUCUUCUCUGUCCGAUUUGUGAAUGUGUCAUUUAUUCCUCAAACUGCAGGUCCACCAGUUAAUGUUACCUGCAACAUAUUUAUCAACAGCUUUGGUUCCAUAGCAGAAACUACUAUGGAUUACAGAGUGAACAUCUUCUUGCGGCAGAAGUGGAAUGACCCACGGCUGGCGUAUAGUAAAUACCCAGACUCCUCGCUCGACCUGGACCCUUCCAUGCUGGACUCCAUUUGGAAGCCAGAUCUUUUCUUUGCCAACGAGAAGGGAGCCAACUUCCACGACGUCACCACGGACAACAAGCUGCUGCGCAUCUUCAAGAAUGGAACUGUGCUUUACAGUAUCAGGUUGACUCUCAUUCUGUCUUGUCCGAUGGAUCUGAAAAACUUUCCAAUGGAUGUUCAGACUUGUACGAUGCAGCUGGAAAGUUUCGGCUACACCAUGAAUGACCUGGUUUUUGAGUGGCUGGAGAACGGCGCGGUGCAGGUGUCAGAGGGACUCACCCUGCCUCAGUUCAUUAUGAGAGAGGAGAAAGAGCUGGGCUACUGCACUAAGCAUUACAACACUGGUAAAUUCACCUGCAUCGAAGUUAAAUUUCACCUGGAAAGACAGAUGGGCUACUACCUGAUCCAGAUGUACAUUCCUUCACUUCUCAUUGUCAUCCUCUCAUGGGUGUCUUUUUGGAUAAAUAUGGAUGCUGCUCCUGCAAGAGUGGCAUUGGGCAUCACCACUGUGCUUACGAUGACCACUCAAAGCUCUGGCUCUCGAGCUUCUCUUCCAAAGGUCUCGUACGUGAAAGCCAUUGAUAUCUGGAUGGCUGUCUGUCUGCUCUUUGUAUUUGCUGCAUUGCUAGAAUAUGCUGGGGUUAAUUUUGUCUCCAGGCAACAGAAAGAGUUCCUCCGCCUGAGGCGAAGACAGAGAAGGAAUCACAAGGAGGAUGAAGGCCGCUUUAAUUUAACUGGGUACAACAUGAGUCAGUGCAUGCCAACAAAGGAUGGCUCAGCUGUUAAGAAUGCAGUUCCUGCCACGAACCCCCAGCCUUCAACUCCAAAGGACAUAGAUGCUAUGAGGAAAAAGUUUGUGGACAGAGCUAAGCGGAUAGACACAAUCUCCAGGGCGGCCUUCCCGCUGGCUUUUCUGAUCUUCAACGUCUUCUACUGGAUCACAUACAAGAUCAUUCGACACGAAGAUGUUCACAAACAGAAAUGACUUAACCCUCUGCUGAUAACGUUUUAUCUUUCCAUUUCUCAAAUUGAGAAAUGGUCGGGAAACUGUGUGCCGAGAGGCACCAUGGAGCCAAUGGAUAUCCUUUUUCAGGGAUAAUGUACAAUGUUCAUGUGUUAUAAAGAUCAAAUGCUAUUCUAUCUGGUGAGGUGAAGGUUCUAGAGAAAAAGAUGCUUUGCUCGUUGUUUUACUGCUGCGUAAUAUCUAAUGCGCUGCUGAAGAAGAUGGACCAAAACCCCCUUGAAUCACUCAGCCCUGGCAUCUAUACAACAAAAGGAAACAUUCCACAGGUUUGUGACUGUAGCUAGCUUAGUUCUUCAAAGACUUUUUUGAUGCAAAAUUUCUUAUCGAGGAUGUUCAAACUGUUUUAUAGUGUAGUAUUGUUUUUGGCACUUCUUCCUCUCUGUCUAAAGUAAGUUCUAAGCAAGCAGAGCAUGUAUAGAUGUAUUAAAUAUUAAGGAGCUGCACAUGUCUCAGGUAUGGCUGUGAAGGAAGGAGAUGGAAGCCUGGGAAAGAAGUCUGGAGAUUCCAUUUUUAUGAAAUACCUGAAGCCUUAGAUAUUUGAUUUGGUUUGGAUGAAGUGCUAUGCUCUUGUAUUUUUUCACGCUUCUAUCUAACAAGUAUUCACGGAUAACUGAUGUCACACAACGUUGUGAAUUUUGUUCAUGUGUUUUUAAUUUCUGGCUCCCAUUUUUGAAGUGAUUUAUUAAAUAAGCUGUCACAAGCUGAUUUUUAAACAAAUGUAUAAAUGGGCAAGCAAACUCUGAUUGUACAUUAUUCUGUGUUGUCAUAUGCAUAUUUAUUUAUACCCCAGGUAAUUACUCCAGGUAUAUUUCGUACUGUUUUGUAGAUUUAGCUAAAUGAAAUAUUUAUUGUAAUGACUCAAAGGUUAUGUUUAUAAAAUUGAUAUCUUUGUGUGAACCUAUUCAGCUUCCACUGCAGACUAUUUCCUUCACUUUGAGUAUUCAUGGAUGCAAUCAGCAGUGAAGAACAAGUCUUCAUUCAACAUUCAUAGUACAGAGCAGCUAAUGGCAAUUGCACUCCUGGGAAAUAUCUUUUCUUAAAUGCUAUUCAUGAAGAAAGAUUAUGUACUGGCUUGUAAAUCAAUAAAACUGACUGUGCAUCAUGUUUA